CGGGAGCGCGCGAGGCUCGUGGGCGGUGCUAGGCGGGUCCCACCCCGGGAUCACUGGGAGGUUGUGCCCGGAGUGUAGAGCGGCCGUGGUUGUCUCGGGCCAGGGGUCGCGCCGGAAGCGGCUGUGCCGGGCGUCCGGGUGUUGGUAGGAAGCUGCGAGAGGAGUUCAGUCAUUCAAGGGGGCGCGGCACCACUGGGCGUUCUUCUCUGCCCCCUGCGGCAGCCAUGGCGAAAGGCCGAGUCGCCGAGCGAACCCAGACGGGGGCGUUGCACUCGACCCCGGCGGGGCACCGGUCAUCGGGGACGCGCGGUUCCGACACUCCAGCCAGCAGAGACCUCCUGAAGGACAAACCUUGUGCAGAAGCUGGGUCAGCAAGAAUGUCACUCCUUAUACUGGUGUCCAUUUUCUUAUGUGCAGCUUUUGUUAUGUUUUUGGUAUAUAAAAAUUUUCCUCAGCUCAGUGAAGACGAAAGAGUGAAUAUGAAGGUUCCAAGAGAUAUGGAUGAUGCCAAAGCUCUAGGAAAAGUUCUCUCCAAAUAUAAGGACACCUUUUAUGUACAAGUAUUGGUUGCUUAUUUUGCUACAUAUAUUUUUUUGCAAACAUUUGCUAUUCCAGGUUCCAUAUUUCUCAGUAUUCUCUCCGGGUUUCUUUAUCCUUUUCCACUAGCCUUAUUCCUCGUUUGUUUGUGUUCUGGACUUGGUGCCUCAUUCUGCUACAUGCUCUCCUAUUUAGUUGGAAGACCUGUUGUAUACAAAUACCUAACUGAGAAAGCAGUAAAAUGGUCACAGCAGGUAGAGCGUCAUAGAGAACAUCUCAUUAACUACAUUAUAUUUUUGAGAAUCACACCAUUUCUGCCUAAUUGGUUUAUUAAUAUUACAUCUCCUGUGAUAAAUGUGCCAUUGAAAGUGUUUUUUAUUGGCACUUUUCUAGGUGUUGCACCUCCUUCUUUUGUAGCAAUUAAGGCAGGAACAACUCUGUAUCAGCUUACGACAGCAGGGGAAGCUGUUUCCUGGAACUCCGUAUUUAUUCUAAUGAUUUUGGCUCUUCUUUCUAUUCUGCCAGCCAUCUUCCAAAAAAAACUAAAACAGAAAUUCGAAUAAAAAUCGGGGUUUUUGUUUACCACCACCAUCACUACCACCACCAUCAUCUCAGGAUUGAUUAGCAGGUGUAUCCAUCCAUUUUAUGUUUUGAAAUCACCUCUUCAGUAACUGGAGGAAGGAUUUGUAAAGUGAAACAUCCCACAAGACAGUUAAAAUAGUGCAUUUGUGUGGCAAGAGAGAAAGACGCGCUGUCAUUAGGUUUGUGAGCUGUAUCUUAGAAAAUACUAUGCAAGAGAAGCUCUGAGACAUCAUUCAUGUAGCUUAAUUUGUGAUUCUUACUCUGAAAUGAUUAAUUGAAUUUAGUGUUUUUUUCUUUUCUGUCUGACUAAUAACUAAAAUAGUGAACUUGGGUACAAAUAUGUAAUCCUAUCAGGUCAGGAUACUUAAGGCCAGAGGAUUGCUAGUUUGAGACCAGCUUGAGCAAUGCCACAACGCGCUGUAUUAAAGUAAAAUAAGGUACAGUGAAAUCAAAUAAAAAAUUCAGACCACAAACUGAAUACUUGAAGCAAAAGGGGGGCUUUGUUUUCUUUCUCUUUUCAGACAGCACUUUCCAUAGGCUAGUGAAUGUACCAAGGGUGAGUUAUUUAAGUUUUCCUUAUAGAUUUUUAUCAUGGAUUAGUCUGAUAAUUUAAAUUCUGGCCAAUCUGUUUUCAUCCUUUUUCUAAGUUUUACAGUAUUUCCAUCGUACAGAUAUAAAAUGAGAAUUAUAUGCCUGUAUCAUAUUGGUGUUGAUAAUGUAUAUUCAGAUAAUAUUUUAUUACAGUGUCUUUAUUAUCUCAAAGGGAUUCUAAAAGUAAGUACUCGAAGCAUAUAGUUUUUAGACAUUAUUUUAUACUGAAACAUCUGGCAGAAGCAUUAGUAGUUAAAUCUAGUUUAUUUGUUCUAAUGACUGUAAAUUUUGCUUCAUUAGUAUGUCUGCUCAUUAAAGAGUAUAUUGUGUAAUUACCUUUUAUGCAUGAUAAUCUGUGGAUUGCUUUGUUGCCUUUCCCUUGGUGACUUCUUGUUUGGCACAGACAGCACUUGAUUAGUACAGUUUCCCAACUGUAUAGCUUUUACUUUCUCACCUCAUGGAGUAAAACAGUGUCUUGGAAGAGACUCCUUUUGGCUCUGUGGGUAUGCCCUUCAUUGCUGGCCAGGAGAGUGAUGUAAAGCACUUUAAGAUCCAGUUGGUGUCUUGAACACUUGCUUUAGCGGUGUGGGAAGUCCUUGUGUUUUUUAUUCUUCAUAGUCUGUUCAUUGAAGCCCGUUUCUCCUGCAUAAUGUGGACUAAUCUUUUUCUGUCACAGUAUUAACAUGUGAGUAUUACAAAUACAAGGAAAAUAAUAUUGAUUGAUAGUGUAGUCUUGUGUCCUUUUGUGUGAAAUUGUUAGGUCUAGCAAAGUUUUCUUUCUUACUGACGAGAGACUGAGCAAUUAAAGAAAGCUUUUUUAUUUUUAUAGAUGAAUCAAGCACAUAGCUGUUUGGGACAAAACUUACUAAUAUUGUGUAAAUAUUGAAGCUGGGCAUGGUAAGAUGCUUGCAGUCCCAAGAUUUGGGAUGUAGAGAUUCAAAGUUAGAUUUGGCAACAUAGUGAGUUGAGGACAACCUGGCAUGUGUGUGUGUAUAAAUUUUUAUCAGGCCUUUACAAAUAAAUAACAGGAGAGACCCUGCUGUUUAUUUUCA